GUCAUGUCGACGUGCCGAGUCCACACGCCCCUCUCCGUUCCCCGAGUCGUUUCGUAUGGGCGGCGGUCGCGCUUCUGGCCCUUUUUCAUCCCAGGUUUCCGCUACUACUACCAGAGUCGUGCUUGGCCCACUGCUGCCAAAUUUUGUGACAGAUGUGCCUGCUCCAGAGCAAGCCGCACCCUCGUCAGGGAUCAUCGUGGGUGCGAUGCCCAUCCAGAUCUGAUGUUGCGUCUCCGCCUUGCCUUUAGCCUUGUUUUUGCCAGCGGGACAACCGUCGGCCAUACUUAUACGUGGGUGGCCCCCAUGGUCCCUGUCCCCGGGAAUGAAUCCGAACCUCCAAGGCGCACACAAAACUCUCAACUACUACCGCUCCUACUGCCACUACCACUGCUACUACGCUACUACUACUACUACUACGACGCUGCCCUCCUGCCUACUGUUGCACUCGGUCAAGGCCUCGGAACUCUAUUGCUACCUCCCAAAAGCCCGCCAGAUAUCCGCCGCCCAAAUUCAGCUCCUUCCUCACCGUUGGGUUUUCUCCGGGUCUAAGUCAAGACAGCAUCGCCACUCCUGCGCUGGCGCAUCGAUAUGGCCGCGCCAUUGGCAUCUUCCCAGUACGCAGUGCCGCAUAGUGGCCACUACCGCCAUUCUCGAAUGCCGCAGCCUCCGCCAUCGCCCCCCAUGGAGGACUCACGCUGUUCCUUGCCGUCCAUAUCCAAGCUCCUUGGCUUGGCAGAUGUAGGAUCGCCUACCAGCGAAGCAUCACCUACGUCUCAGUCAGAUUCAUCACGGUUUGAAGCUGCGGCCUCGUCCUCGCAGCAUGGCAGGCAGGAUUCGUUAUACGACGGCCGCCCAGCGUCGAGUUAUGCAAAGCCAUCCUCCCAGCGGGGAAUGCCUCCGACGCCACCGAUGGGGGCAGAUUCGGCAUUUGACAGCUACAACUCUCCGUCGAUCAAGGCGGUGAACCAGUUCCCCAGCAUCACCGCCUCUGGGCGGUACUAUGAAACAACGCCCCCGCUCGACAACGACUUUCGACGACAGCAGGCAGCGGCUAGCAGGACGGCACGGCCGGCACUGCAGGUUUCUUGUCCUGCGCCUCCUCGGCAAUCCUACUCGGCGAGCCCUUUUCCGCAACAGGCGCAACUGGGCAGCGGCUAUUACACGAGCACCCUACAGAGCGCAGCGUCAUGCCACCCGCAGAUCUCAAAUCUCUACUAUCAACAAACCUUGCCGCAGAGCUUUCCACCCUUAUCCGUUCCGGUUGUGCUGGCGCCAUCGUCGGGGGCGAGCCCAUGGCAGCAUCAUCAUUAUCUUACGCCGUCACACGGUGUUCCGUAUCCCCAGAGCCAGGACCGGUAUAUUUGCCAAACCUGCAACAAGGCCUUCAGCCGACCGAGCAGUCUCCGCAUCCACAGUCAUUCCCAUACAGGAGAAAAGCCUUUUAAGUGCCCGCACACAGGGUGCGGCAAAGCGUUUAGUGUUCGCAGCAACAUGAAGCGGCAUGAGAAGGGCUGCCACAGUUUCGAAGUCGGCACGACAAGGCCUCCGAAUGCCGCCUAGUGUGGGAAAGCGGAUCCUGGGGCUGCGGAACACAGGGUGCCAAUGCGCCGGGUGUGCAUUGAGGGUUCGGCACGUCGACACUGGCCAGGCGAAGGGCCCCAGGCCAAGGUUGAUGUUCUUCACUUCUUGUACGUGCCUAUGGGCUCUGGUCCCCCGUACUUUCUGCCAUUACACGUUCGCGGUGCGGGCUCGGGGCAAGCAAGGGGGCAUGCAAAAAAGCGUUGGAGAUGGGCUUGGGAGUACACUUGGGCAGUCUAGAUGAUUGUGUUGCGCAUUUGCAAGGCGUUUAGGUACGAGAGAAGAGGAACAGGCGGCCUCCGGGAAACAGUAUACCACCAAUAGUACAGUAACGUCGCUCCGCACGAGUUGGGUUCUAAUAAUGGCGACGGUGAUGGCUCUGACCGCUGACUCGUGAACGCGGGAGGGGGCAAAUGGCACAUGUGCGGCGAAAUGCGUGGGUCAAGAGCAAGAGCGGCGCGGCACUGACGAG